CUAGCAAUUUCUGAGCCAGACUUGCCCUGUAGUAAUGAUGGCGUCACUAUUCCAAAGAACAUGUCGAUUUCUACGUUUUUAUCAGAAACAGGUGAAAGUUCCUGCUCAGCAUAUAGCUUCGAAGCAAACUAGAAGUAUAUAUUAUUCGGCCACCAGAUUGCAAGAGUUUGCUGUUGAUGAUGACAAGCCCCAGUUCCCUGGCUCCAAGUCUGUAUUCUCAGAAAAGCUUGAAUUCCUGAAACCAGACGAAUAUGAUGGGAUUCCUGUCUAUCGUGUAAUGAACCGAGAUGGAGAGGUCAUUGACCCUGACCAAGACCCCGGUUUGGAUAAGGAAACAGUUACCAAGAUGUAUAAGACAAUGACUACCCUCAACACCAUGGAUAAAAUUCUUUAUGAAUCACAAAGACAGGGAAGAAUAUCAUUCUACAUGACCAAUUAUGGUGAAGAAGGUACCCAUGUUGGAAGUGCUGCUGCUCUUAAUGAAAAGGAUAUUAUAUUUGGCCAAUACAGAGAGGCAGGGGUAAUUCUUUGGAGGGGCUUUUCAUUGGAGACAGCGAUGAAUCAAUGUUAUGGUAACUGUGAUGAUCUAGGUAAGGGUCGUCAGAUGCCUGUGCACUAUGGAUCUAAAGAACAUCAUUUCAUGACGAUAUCAUCACCUCUGGCCACACAGAUGCCCCAUGCUUCUGGAGCGGCUUAUGCAUUGAAGAGAUCAGGUCGUGACCUUUGUGUAGUUUGUUAUUUUGGUGAUGGAGCUGCUAGCGAGGGUGAUGCUCAUGCUGCAUUCAACUUUGCUGCAACGUUAGAUGCUCCGGUCAUCUUUUUCUGUCGUAAUAAUGGGUAUGCAAUUUCAACUCCUACUGCUGAGCAAUACAGAGGGGAUGGAAUAGCUAUCCGUGGUCCAGCCUAUGGUAUGAACACCAUCAGAGUGGAUGGUAAUGAUGUGUUUGCCGUCUAUAAUGCUACCAAGGCAGCAAGGAAGAUAGCUGUAGAGGAGAGUAAACCGGUCCUGAUUGAAGCUAUGACUUACCGGAUAGGGCAUCACAGUACAAGUGAUGAUUCGUCAGCGUAUCGUUCUGUGGAUGAGGUUAGGUAUUGGGAUAGCGAAGAUCAUCCGAUAGGCCGUCUAAGGAAGUACAUGAUGCAGAAAGAGUGGUGGGAUGUCGACACGGAAAAAGCAUGGAUGGCAGAAACAAAGAAGAAUGUAAUGCAGGAGUUCCAAGCAGCAGAGAAGCGAAAGAAGCCGUCCCCUACUAACAUGCUGACAGAUGUAUACGAAGAAAUGCCCGAUCAUCUCCAGAAACAGCUAGACGAGAUGAAGAAACAUGUAGAGCAAUACAAAGAAUAUUAUCCUUUAGAUCAAUAUGAAGCAAUGAAAUGAGAUUGAAUUUGAUUCAGAAGAUCAUUGCUUUAGUUCCUUUGCUGCUCCUCUGACACUCAACUAGCAUCAUGUCAUUAAUGGCUUAUGUCCGGUUGUCCUCGUCUGCUCAUAUUCCUAUGAAACGAUGUUCUUUGGCUGAGGUUGCCCCCUCCGGUAUUAAUUUGUAGAUUGUAUGCCAAUGAUCUCUCCCUUUAUUUUGAUAUGGCUAAGUGGGCAGUUUUAAAUGAACUGAUUGUUUUGGAUUUUGUUUUGGUUUAUGGUGGUUUCCUUUAAAAGGCACUUUAUCUUUUUUCAAUGGUCAUAAUUGAGCAUUUUAUGAUAUUCUCAGUGUCAUUCAUGAUUGGUGUAUGUAUUAUUAUUUAUAUAGUACGUUUUAGUGGUGCAUUAGUAAUAAUGCAAGUGUUGGUCUUACCUGAUUUGCCUGCUUAUGCAGUAUAUGACCAUAUCUUCUACUACGUGUGAUCCUGUGGUUAGAGCAUUGAACUCAUAAGUGCAAGGUUGUGAGUUUGAAUCCCUUACUCUGCCAUUGUCUCCACUUUGAUUAAAAAAGGCCCGAGAGUAAUUUCUGU